GAUAUAUCUGAAAUUUGAUCAAUCCUGAAGUCCAAGAAUGUCAGAAUAGUACAGAUAUAUCCCCCAAAUGUCAGAACAGUCAGGACAGUACAGAUACAUAUAUCCCCCAAAUGUCAGGACAGUACAGAUAUCCCCCAAAUGUCAGGACAGUACAGAUAUCCUCCAAAUGUCAGGACAGUUCAGAUAUCCCCCAAAUGUCAGGACAGUACAGAUAUCCCCCAAAUGUCAGGACAGUACAGAUAUCCCCCAAAUGUCAGAACAGUACAGAUAUCCCCCAAAUGUCAGAACAGUACAGAUAUCCCCC